CUCCUCCCCCCCCCUCCUCUUUAUUAUAUUUCAUUCGCUCUUUCCUUUUUAUCUUCUUCUCUGUCUCUCUUUCCCUUCCAAUCAAACAAGUCAGGACGGAUGAUCCCCUUAAAACCUAACCCAUCAGCAGUCAGGAUGAUUGACCAUAUCCGAUCUGCUCUCAGGGCCUGUUUCAAAGGGAAGAGCAGCAGCAGCAGCUGUCGUCUGUCUGCGGCGACCAUCGACUCCCUAGUCAAGGCCGUUGUCGCCGUUGCUCUUGGUUUAAGAGUUGCUCAUCUUGUGGAUGUUGCUCAUCUCUCUUCCGACCAGAUAAACCAAUUGAUUGCCCUAUUGCGACAGGAACCGCAAUGCCAGCCAUUGCUAGUGUUACAUUUCAAAGACCAGUACAUGUUUCUAUGUCAUCGCCAUGAACUGGUACAGCAUGUGGAAGCCACGCUCAGUGAUCCCAACCAAUGGAUAUACGUCGAUAUCCGGGGAAGCCAAGGUCCCCCUGUUCAGGUAGUAGAAUCGCUUCUCCAACACCCCCCGAACCCCCUCCGGAAGGUGUCGCUAAUUAAAAAAAUCACCCAUAAUUGCAACCACCCAAAAACAAACAAUAAGCGGCCAUGUCCCGAAAUACUUUUAUACUGGUUACGACAUCGACUGCAGCCGUUUCUCAUGCAAGGGCAAGAUGAUGCAGUGUUCUACUCGUCUGUGGUCCCAAGCUACAUGGUGGCAUUGACGGGCUGGCUGUUGGAAUACCCCACGAUAUACAUGACGCACAUUGAAAGCGAUACGACGGUCGACCAAGAGCUGGAUGAGUGGGAAAUGGUGCCCAACUGUUUGGGCGAUCGGCGGCUCUCGUUGGUCCGCGUGUGGUUGCACGGCGCAUCCUUUUGGCAGGACUACAUGUUGCUUAGCUACACCUAUCCGGAGCUAGUGAUCGACGACGACGACGACGACCAUGACGACGACGGAACAGUGGAUCCGACGCGUAACCUUGGUUUUAAAUUGCAAGCGAGACUGGAGCGCCGUCAACAACAGUAUCAACAGCAGCAGCAGGUAGAAGGUGCUAAUAACAUCAUCAUGGACACUCGGCUGGAAAUUGUCCAUGAAUAUGUUACACUGGAUAGGGUGGCGUUGUGAAUUAUGUUUUAGUCUAUUUUAGCAGCAGUGUAUAUAGUGGCAUCAUUGUAUGAUGGUCCCUUCUUUCCUCUCUCUCUCUCUUGUGGUAGUAGUUUACUGUACAUAACUGACCAGACCCAACCUGCAACUGAAGAAGAAAAAGG